UUCAGGGUCUCUGUGUUUGUGAGGGAUUAUUUAGGAGAAAAAGAGCCUACUUUAUAUGCUCACUGGUUCCAUCAUGGCCAGGCUCUCCAUCAACAUCGUUUGCUUCGUAACUUUACUUUUACAACAGGAAUCGUAUGUUAUCACAGCAGCACAUGACAUUGAUGUUUAUGAAUACUAUUACGAUUACACCACUGAAAGCCCGGCAGCAGACUGGGAUUUGUAUGAAGACGACUGGCUGUAUGACCUCAUGGACGUCACAGAUGAGUGUGAUCCGAACCCGUGUUUGAACGGAGGCCGCUGCGACCACGCUGCUGACGGGAGCUUCAGAUGUUCGUGCCCGGAGUCGUACUCGGGGAAGAAGUGUCAGAAAGUGAAAGACGUUUGCAAGAACGUGAAAUGUGGCCAUGGAAGCUGUAUUUACACAUCUACAGCUCCAUUCUACGAGUGCAAGUGCAAGCAUCCAUACAGACCACCCAACUGCACCAAAGCUUCUCGCUGUAGGCCCAAUCCCUGUCAGAAUGGAGGCUCUUGCAUGAGUCCCAAACGCUCAUCCUUCCAAUGUUUUUGCCCUGAUGGGUAUAGUGGAAAGUUCUGCGAAGUUGGACCAAACGACUGCUACCGGGGGGACGGAGAGACUUACCGCGGCACGGUGAGUGUAGCAGUCGACGGGGAAGAGUGUCUGGACUGGAAUUCCUAUUUCAUCCUGCAGAAAGGGAGCAAUCCCUUCAAAGAGUAUGCAGGCUUUGACGGCAUUGGACCACACAAUCACUGCAGGAACCCUGAUGGAGAUGAUCAGCCCUGGUGCUACAUUAAUAGGAACGGCAGACUGAAGUGGGACUAUUGUAAAGUCAGGGAAUGUUCCCAAGCUCCAGCCACUCCACCGACCCCCCACGAAACAGGCCCUCCGGCCGAGCCCGAGGUCCCUGCGGGUCAGUUCUCCGCGUGUGGCAGGCCGCAGCCCGGACGCACGGCCAGGAUCUUUGGGGGGAGGAAGUCUCAACCCGGGGCUCAUCCGUGGCAGGUUUCACUACAGACCAGACCAGAAGGCUCUGUGGAGUCCUUCGACCACGUGUGUGGAGGCAUCCUCAUCGGGACCUGCCGGGUACUGACUGCUGCACACUGCAUUAAAAGCGGAGUGGAAAUGCAGGUGGUGCUGGGAGGAGUAGACCUGGAGAAGGAUGAAAUAUACGAUCAGGUGAUCCCUGUGGAGAAGGCCGUCGUGCAUGAGGACUACAGGGAGACCCCCUUCGUUCUUUACAAUGAUAUUGCCAUGCUUCAGCUGAAAGUAACGAACACACCGUACUGUGCCAACGAGACCCGAUUUGUAAAGACAGCCUGCCUCCCAAAGCAGCCCUUCGCCAGCGGGACGGAGUGCGUGAUCUCAGGGUGGGGAGCGACUGAAACACAGAAGUACGGAACCAACCAGCUGCUGGAUGCUCGUGUUCUCCUGAUCUCGCAGGAGAAAUGUAAAGCCCCCCAUGUCUACGGAACGUCUUUAGACGACAGCAUGUUCUGCGCAGGCACCUUACAAGGAGGCGUCGACUCCUGCCAGGGGGACUCCGGUGGCCCCCUGGUGUGCGAGCGUAAUGGGACCCACUAUGUCGUCGGCGUUGUGAGCUGGGGAGACGGCUGCGGCAAGAAGUACAAGCCGGGCGUCUACGCCAACGUGGGCAGAUUCGUCGACUGGAUCGCUCGUCGUUUACUCUCGUAGGGAUACGACGAGAAUGGUUUCCACCAAUACCGGCGGUUGUAGUCACGAACGCCAGAGUGGAUGCUGGUGACAAGGCAGCAUUGUUUAUGUUUUGUGAAUGUGAAAGAUCUGCAUGCAGGGGCUGUUGAUACAUUCACACGGCUGCCUGCAGAUAUUUGUGUUAAGUCAUCAUUUGGAUUAAAGAAAGGAAACGUGAUUCAAAAGAUAA